AUGCUCAAUCGGCGGUCUAACUGGGAUUCUUCCCUACCUCUGCGGAUGCAGGACCCGAGUUCUAAGCGGGCCAGGCCCAGGCGUUCGCCCACCUCUCGUCGAAAAGCUGCCACAGCCAACUUCACGUCCAUCGAUUGCAAUGCCACCGCACGAUUGUGCUACGGUAGUGCCGACGUCCCCUCUAUCUUGCGCACCGCCGCGAAACAAGGCAUAUGGCUGACCUGGCAGCUCGAGGACGCUGUAGGGGCCGAGGGCUGGACAGAUUGGAUCUCGCAGCAGGUCGUCGCUGGUCUCGAGGUAGCCUUGAAGGAAGGUCUCUAG